GGAAAAGCCCCAAGGGUAACAAUGGAGCUGAGUUAGAGGUUGUGCAGUUGGUUAAGAAGGGAGGAACGGGCAUCGGAGCCUGACUGCCAAGACCCUAAAUCUGUCCCAGCCAAAAGACAGGAGACACAGGACCGAAAGGCAGUGGAGAGGCAGGAAAGGUGGUGAAGACCGAAAGCGUCAACAUCCCUGCAUACCCCCACCAAAAUGGCUGCCCUUGGACACACGCUGCCCUUCUACACUGGCCCCAAGCCAACCUUUCCAAUGGACACUACUUUGGCUGUUAUCAUCACCAUCUUCCUGACUGCACUGGUCACCUUCAUCAUCAUUCUGCCUGGCAUCCGUGGGAAGACGAGGCUGUUCUGGCUGCUACGGGUGGUGACCAGCUUGUUCAUCGGGGCUGUGAUCCUGGCUGUGAACUUCAGUUCUGAGUGGUCCGUGGGCCACGUCAACACCAACACAACGUACAAAGCCUUCAGUCCCAAGUGGGUCAGCGUGGACGUGGGACUGCAGAUUGGGCUUGGAGGAGUCAAUAUCACCCUCACAGGGACCCCAGUGCAGCAGCUGAAUGAAACCAUCAACUACAAUGAGGCGUUCACAUGGCACCUGGGCAAGAGCUAUGCAGAGGAGUACACAAAGGCCCUGGAGAAGGGCCUUCCAGACCCGGUGCUAUACCUGGCUGAGAAAUUCACCCCUCGAAGCCCAUGUGGCCUGUACAACCAGUACCGCCUGGCAGGACACUAUGCCUCAGCCAUGCUGUGGGUGGCAUUCCUCUGCUGGCUGCUGGCCAAUGUGAUGUUGUCCAUGCCAGUGCUGGUUUAUGGCGGCCACAUGCUGCUGGCCACUGGCCUCUUCCAGCUGCUGGCACUGUUCUUCUUCUCCAUGACCACGUCACUCCUAUCACCCUGUCCCCUGCGUCUGGGCACGGCUGUGCUGCACACUCACCAUGGGCCUGCUUUCUGGAUCACACUAGCCACGGGACUGCUGUGUAUUCUGCUUGGCCUGGUCAUGGCAGUGGCCCACAGGAUGCAACCUCACAGACUGAAGGCUUUCUUCAACCAGAGUUCAGAGGACCCCAUGCUGGAGUGGGGCUCUGAAGAAGGGGGACUCUUGAGCCCCCACUACCGGUCCAUAGCUGAGAGUCCUGAGACCCAGGACAUUCCCAUGUUAGAAGCUUCCUCUGAGACAUGUUUUAAGGAGGAACACCUCAAAGAGUCCGACUGUUCCCUGUAAAGCUCUUCUCCUGGCAGCCACUGAGUUUCCAGACUGGCUCCAGAUGUCACUGGAGCCCCCACAAAACGAGCAGAACCGCCCAGGAAGUGGGUUCGGGUUGUAUCAUAUACACGGCUCCAAUUUGUUGAUGUAACAGACUAAU